GAGCUUAAGAAGCGUACCUUUGGAGUCAAUUAAAAGGAUCAAGUUUCUGACUUGAGAACCAUUCUAGAGUUUCCUGUUCUCCCUGUUGUUGGUUCAGUUUCUGAUUACUAACUCUCUCAUUUUCUCAGAUUAUAGAGUGUGAGUAUGCUGUUCGAGGUGAGAUUGUCAUUCUUGCCCAGAAAUUGCAACAAGAGAUUCAGUCCAAGCCAGGUUCUCAGCCCUUUGAUGAGUGCGGAUUCUAUUGAGAGGGCUUGGCAAAUUUUGGAUCAAAUUCCUGGAGGCGCCACUGGUGCUUAUAGUCAUAGCCAGGGUAUCAAGGGAUUACGUGACACUAUUGCUGCUGGAAUUGAGGCUCGUGAUGGUUUCCCUGCUGAUCCUAAUGACAUUUUCUUGACAGAUGGUGCAAGCCCUGGGGUGCAUAUGAUGAUUCAGUUAUUGAUAAGUUCUGAGAAUGAUGGAAUUCUUUGUCCCAUCCCUCAGUACCCAUUAUACUCUGCUUCAAUUGCUCUCCAUGGUGGAACUUUGUCAGUAUCUAAAGGAUAUUAUGGGGAAUGUGGAAAAAGAGGAGGAUAUAUGGAGGUUACCGGGUUUGGUGCUGAUGUCAGGGAGCAAAUAUACAAAAUGGCUUCUGUGAGUCUUUGUGCGAACACUACUGGUCAAAUUCUUGCAAGCCUUGUCAUGAGUCCACCCAAGGUCAAAUCUUUUGCCAUAUAAGAUAUAUUUGCCUUUUCUUUCUCUUCUAUAUAUAGGCUUGUAGCCAGUAGGAUAUAUAAA